AUAUGUUUGGCAAAACGUGGAUUUCAUUUGAGCAACUUCUUUAAACCAGAAUUUUUGAAUUAAAAUGGGCAAGGAUCGGGGCAGAGGACGCAGGAACCAUCACUCCAGGCCUUACAACAAAGGCAAUUGGCGUGGUCAAAGAAGGGAUCGGUCGCAAAACAAUGAAGGCCCGCGCAACAGUACCGUGCCGCAGCAAAAAUCUACCCUGCGAGAGAACCAAGUGGGCAUUACGGAGUUUACCAACCCGGAAGCACUUGGGUUCACGGGCAUUCUUAAGUCCCGCUUUUCCGAUUUUCAUGUAAACGAGAUUGAUAGCUCCGGCAAAGUGUUGGAACUGAAUGAUCUAAGUGUUCCCAAAGUAGCUGUUGUGGCUGUACCUGAUCAAGAACUGGACAACUGGCGGCAGGAACUAGAGUCUGUGAUUGGUCCAGAUGUCUGGCAGGAUAUUGCUAAUUUGGCGGAGGCCAAAUACGAUCCCGCAAUCGAUCAAAAGAUUGAGGUUGAUGUCACCAGUUUGGACAAGGAGCAACGAACCCAAGUUCAUCAGAUGAUUAAACAGCUUUACAAGAAUAAACUAGUGUCUACCACAAUUGGACAGCAACAGGUGAAGACACAAGAGGAGACAUCUUCGGAGAAGACCGAUAUUGUAAGUGAACAAACACAAGCUCUGGAAGAACCACAGAAGCAGGCGGAGAAGAAAAUAAUAAGGAUACUUAAACCAAAGGGAGGGCGACACGACAAUCGUUGGACCUUUCCUGGGGAAUAUGUGACCUUCCUGGUGCACAAGACCAAUUUGGUUACCAGUGAUGUGGCCUCCACUCUAGCCGCUCGACUAAAGCUACGACCCUCGCAGGUGAACUAUUGCGGUAUCAAGGACAAACGGGCCAAGACCACCCAGAACUUUUCCAUCAAACGCCGCACGCCGGCGAGCAUCUUGAAUGCCGGCCGCGCCUUGAGAAAUGUUCAAAUUGGUAACUUUGGAUUCCAAUCCAAUACACUCAAGUUGGGCGAUCUGCAGGGCAAUCGUUUCCGCAUCGCACUGCGACAUAUAGCAAAGGAUAAGCGUGGCGAGAUUGAGUUGGCGCUGGAAUCCCUGCGUGAACGGGGAUUUAUUAACUACUAUGGAUUGCAGCGGUUUGGAAACAGUGCUAGUGUGCCCACUUAUGAAGUGGGUGUAGCCUUGCUCAAGAGCGAUUAUAAACUGGCCUGCGAACUGAUUCUGAAGCCUCGAGAUUCGGAUGUGGAGAUUUUGCGUCCCAUACGCGAGGAGUGGUGGAAAAAUCGUGACUCUGCGGCGGCAGCUGCCAAAAUCUACGGCCAUAAGUUCAUAGAAAAGAAGCUGCUGGACGGCUUGGCCAGAUUUGGGGAAUCAGAUUACUCUUCUGCUUUACGACAGAUACCACGCAACAUGCUUAUGCUCUAUCCACAUGCCUACCAAAGCCUAAUCUUUAACAGGAUCGCCUCUAGGAGGAUUAAGGAGUUUGGAUUGAAACUGAUACCCGGUGAUUUGGUUUAUGUGGAGCAGGAGCAGAUGGAAGGCGUAAACGAGCAGGAGAAGCAGGCGGAGCACUUGGAGGAGCAGAGGGAACCAGAGAGUAAUGAAGAUCUUCCAGAACCUGAAGAAGGGGAAGAAGCCAUCCAAGAGGAGUCUGUAUUUAAACGGAAGGUGCGUCCACUUACUGCGGAGGACAUUGCCAGUGGCAAGUUCAAACUCUCCGACGUGGUACUCCCUCUGCCAGGACACGACAUCACCUAUCCCAGCAAUGAGUGCGGUGCUUGGUACGAGGAAAUGCUGGCUGAAGUGGGUCUUUCCUCGGAUCAAUUGAAGCACAAGGAGAAGACCUAUGCUUUGGCUGGUGCCUACCGAAAGAUGAUCAUAUCUUCCAGUGAUCUCAAGUGGAAAUUCAGGCUGUACAACACGCCGGAGGACACGCUGAUUGCCUCCGACUGGGAGCUGCUGAAGAACAUUCCAGUGACACCAGAACCCGCAGAGGAUGAGGCCAAAUUCAUGGCCCUACUCUUGGAAUUCUCGCUGCCCACGGCCGCUUAUGCGACUAUGUUCCUGCGGGAACUUUUCAAGCAGGACACAUCCUCUGCCUCGCAAACGCAGCUGGAAAAGGAGGCAAUGUUAAGGGAAGCAAACGAAGAGGAGGGAGAACCCAUGGAGGAGGAAAGGGAGGAGGUUGAAGGGGAAGUGCAGGAAACUAAAGAAGCGGAAGUGCAGGAAACCAAAGAGGUGGAAUUGCCGGAGGCUAAGCAGGAGGUGCAGGCCAACUGAGGUACCAAAAAUCAAUAUUCUCAGGAAAUCAAUUUUACGCGCGCUUCGUAUCCAACUUCAAACCAACCACAACAAUAACAAUGCGCACGUGAGGACGAGGGCUGCUCUCUCGCAUCCUGUGGCUCGCACCCUGGCGCUCUCUCUCUCUCGCUCUCGCUCUCAAUCUCGCUUUGUCUGCCUGGGAGAGUCCUUUUGGUCCUGUCCCUUUGGCUGUGAAUCCAUUCGUUCGGUGGCCAGCAAACGCGAAAGCUCGAAACGACGCGCUGCGCAGUUUUCCCAUCUAAAAAGUGCAAGUCGCACGGGUUUCCCCCAGCGUUCUAACAAAUUAUCAAUUAACAACAAAUUAUAAACAAAAGCGGCAUCCCAAAAAGCCACAGACUCGAUCCAGUGCGUUCAACGGAUAUAUUUAAAGCGAAUUUUAAAACGAACAGGAGGAGAGCCAAGGUGAAUUACCAGUUAAAUGUAGCAUUUAAACGUUUUGGGCGCGUAUUUUGAAAAACCAUUUACUUAGGCGUAAGUAUAAAUCAAAACUUAAAUAAUUGUCUUUAAUUAUAAAGCGGACAAUGAGAUUGAACUUACAACCAGUAAACUGUACAAUAUUUUA